UCUUCUAUAAGAAAGUUGAAGUAUUUUAGCAAUUGUCUUUACUUGCCCACGUUACUUUUGGUCAAGUUACUUGUUCAAAUUGAAAAUACAAAAUUUGAUAAAAUAAAUCGAAGCAUUCCUUUGAGGCUGUUUUUUAAGAAAUACAUCUGCGUAUAACUACUUAUUUUUACUAUGUGUUGAUCCAAUAACCAAAAUUAUGUGAGGGCUAUUAGAUAGAAAAUAUAUUAUUGGCUUAAAAUUUAAAAUUUUGUGGCUUAAAUUUUGAAAUCUGUAAGCCAACACCAUUGAAAAUGGUCUAAACACUUUGAAAUUCAAGUACUUCAUGUUCUUGAUAAGUGUUUUUUAAAGAAUCAGUUGACGUAUACCUUACAAAAAACCUUAUACAAGCUAGAAAUACUUUUAAAAAAUUUAGUAUUUUGGUAAGAAAAUUGCAAAAGUAGUGGUUUUGUUAGCAAACUUUCCCUUGCACAACAAUAAACCAAAACAAAAAGGAGGAAAUGAUAAUUAGAGAAUAUAGAGAUUGAUGAUAUAUUAUUCAACACAAGUAUUUGGUUGAUUGAUUCCAUCAAGCCAAAGCGUGUGAAUCGGUGUUUAGCUUUGUUGCUGCGUUUUCUGAUCCUUUUUCAUUUUUCUCCUCCCAAAAAUACUUUACUUUGACCCUUUACUCUUUCAUUCCCCACCAACACAUUUUCUAGGGUUCCCUUUCUUCCUCCUCCUCACACCAUUCCCCCUAUUUCCUCCAUUAAAAUCACUCUCCCUCGGUCCCUCUGCACCUCUCUGUCUCCCUCCACAUUGCUCAAAAAUGGCGUGUUUCGCUCCCUCUUCUUCUCUUAAUCCAAAACUCAUCUCAGCUCCCCCGUCUUCCUCCCCGGAUCUUCUCGACGACUCGUAUGAAGACUGCUGCAGCAUCUGCCUCGAGCCGUUCAACUGCGACGACCCGGGCACUAUAACCAGCUGCAAACACGAAUAUCAUCUUCACUGUAUAUUAGAAUGGUCACAAAGAAGUAAAGAAUGCCCAAUUUGUUGGCAGUCAUUUUCCCUGAAGGAUCCUGCUUUCCAAGAGCUUCUUGCUGCUAUACAAAAUGAGAAGAACUCAAGGUCAAGAAAAACAUCUUCCAUGGCACCCCAAACAUAUCAUUCAUAUGAGGAGUUUGAUGCUGAGCACGAAUCUUUGUCAGAUGACUCCGAUUUGGAUGAGCGCAUCAUGCAGCAUCUUGCUGCCGCUUCUAGCAGAGCUCGUAAUGCUCGCAGAAGGGAAAGACAGAGAUCAUCUGGGCUAGGUCCUUCCUGUGUUUUUGUUUUUUCCAAUCAUGAAAGUGUGCCUGGUUUCCAGGAAACAUACCCAACUUCUCCAGAAGAUUCGCCAACUUCUCAAAGACCAUCUAUUAUUCAAUCUCCACUGUCUUUUAUCUGCAGCACUGCUGCCAAUAGUGAUAUCCAUUACAUGCCGAGAGUGAUUUAUGGCCAGCCAUCACCUGAUGGUCCACACAGACCAAGCCCAUCCGAGACUAUCAAUUUCCCUGAUUCUAUCAAAUCCAAGUUGUCUGCUGCAUCAGCCAGAUACAAAGAGUCAAUCUCAAGAAGCACUCGAGGCUUUAGGGAAAAGCUACUUGCUCGUAACAACUCAGUCAAGGAGAUGACCAAAGGGGUUCAACGUGAGAUAAGUGCAGGAAUUGCUGGUGUUGCAAGAAUGUUUGAGCACCUCGACCUUACUCCAAAGAAACCUGGAGCCCCUUCUCCUGUUUCUGCCCACAGCGGAGGAGAAACUUCAAACUUUUCCUGCAAGGGAAAAGGUGUGCUAGAGAAUGUUAUUGUUCAUUCUUGUAGUAACAGUGGGAGAGUUGCUGAUGAAAGUUCAGAUGCACCGUCACGUCAAAGCUGCUACAGCAGGCCCAGUUGAAGUCUCUUCUGCACAGAGCGGACACUGUUGCCGUAUGGAGUUUGGAUUUGGCUCAUCUCCAAAUCGUUUCUGUUUUACCUCUCAAGCGUAAUGAAUGUGUUUUACCCUUCAAGCAUUAGGCACCUCAGCAAGUGACGUUAUGUGACGAGCCACACGCCGCGGGUUGGUUUUGCGUCCUGCUCAUUGCCCAUUUAUGUAGUGUGAAAUAGAAACCACCGUUCAUUGUUGAUGAGUUAUUUGUCCACCCCCUUCACAUUUUCCCUUCCUUUGUAGCUUAGUUGGUAAGCAUUAAGUGGAUUCUGGGGGAAUUCCUGCUACCUAACAGUUGUCUCAACUGUUCAAACUUACUUAAUAUACGUGUCCUGCGUUUUGUUUUUA